AGAGACUUCCCCUGCUACUUGCUGGGGGAAAAAACAUUAGGAAUGCCUUUCAAUGCCUUGCUUCCUGAACUGGCUCACAGUAGCCAGGCAUCUUGGGACAAUCUGGCCACAACUCAAUCUCACCCCUGCAGGAAUCCAGAUGCACGCCAAGUACAGCAGCACGAGGGACAUGCUGGAUGAUGAGUGGGACACCACCAUGAGCCUGCAUUCUCAAGCCUCUGUUACAACCCAGCAGCCAAAGCCCAGGCACACAGAGCAUGGGGCUCCCUCUUCAGCUUGGCGUCCAGCUGCCCUGACCUUACUGACUUUGUGCUUGGUGCUGCUGAUAGGGCUGGCGAUCCUGGGGUUUGUGUUUUUUCAGUACUACCAGCUCUCCAAUAGUCAGCAAGACAGCAUCUCCCAAAAGGAAGAAAGACUGGGGAAUUUCUCCCAACAGGUGCAAUCUCUACAAGCCCAGAAUAGGAAGCUUGCAAAAACUCUGCAGCAUGUGGCUGAAAAACUCUGUCGUGAACUCUAUAACAAAACUGGAGGACACAGGUGCAGCCCUUGUCCAGAAAAAUGGAAGUGGCAUGGAGACAAAUGCUACCAGUUCUAUAAAGACAGUAAAAGUUGGCAAGGCUGUGAAUAUUUCUGCUUUGCUGAGAACUCUACCAUGCUGAAGAUAAGCACACAAGAAGUGCUGGAGUUUGCCAUGCCUCAGAGCUACUCUGAGUUUUUCUACUCUUAUUGGACAGGGCUCUCCCGCAGUGGCAAUGACAAGACUUGGCUGUGGAUGGAUGGAUCCCCUUACUCCUUUGAACUGUUUGAUAUUAUAAUAGACGUCACCACCCCAAGAAGCAGGGACUGUGUGACGAUUCUCAACGGAAAGGCUUUCUCAAAGGACUGCCGAGAGUUGAGGCGGUGUGCCUGUGAAAGGAGGGCAGCAAUCGUGAAUCCAGAAAGCCCUUUCCUCCCUGAACCAUUUGGUGGAGGUACUGAAUAUUUAAUAAUAAUAAUAAGUGUAAAAACUGUGAAGUGUGUGAAUUUGGAACAGAUUUGGGAUUUGGGGAAAAUUCGAUUUAGUACUACAGGACUUGUCCAGAUCAAUGAAUCCAAAGGAUGUGCUUAUUUUCAAAAAUGAAAUAUUUCUAUUUCUCACUGUGGUGCUGAAAUUUCUUAGAUUUGUGAGAAUACACCCCAUAAAGUGAAGAUUGAAGGUAUGGAUUAA